AUGUUGUCAAUUAAGAAAUUAUUUACAACUGCUGUAGCAGUAGUAAAUUUAGUAAGCGCAGCCCAAAAUUCCGUUGCAGUCUAUUGGGGACAAAAUGGAUUUGGUCAAUCAACCGAGGACGGUGGUCAACAACCUCUUAGAUACUAUUGUGACAAUUCCGAUGUCGACAUAGUCGUUCUUUCAUUUGUUACUGGAUUCCCUCAGUUAGUGUUAAAUUUUGCAAAUCAAUGUGGUGACACAUUUUCCGAUGGUUUAUUACAUUGUUCCGCCAUUGGUGACGAUAUUGAAUACUGUCAAGGUAAUGGUAAAAAAGUUCUUUUAUCAUUAGGUGGUAGUACUGAUACCUACGGAUUUACUACUGAUGAACAAGGUACCGCGUUUGCUCAAGUCUUGUGGGAUAAAUUUGGUGAAGGAACAGGUGAUGAUGAAAGACCAUUUGAUGCUGCAGUUGUUGAUGGUUUCGAUUUUGAUAUCGAAGUAGGAACUCAAACUGGUUAUGUUGCUUUAGCAACUGCAUUAAUAGGUUUGUUCGCAACUGGAACCAAACAAUACUAUUUAUCUGCUGCUCCUCAAUGCCCAAUUCCAGAUGCCCAUUUAAGUGAUUUAUUAUCUACUGUACCACUUGAUUAUGUAUUCAUUCAGUUCUACAAUAAUUACUGUAAUGUUGACACAGCUGACUUUAAUAUUGAUGACUGGCAGACUUUUGCAGAAACUGCCCCUAAUUCAAAUGUUGAAUUGUUUGUCGGUCUUCCUGGUGCCGAUGUUCUGAGUAUUACUGGAUAUAUUGAUGCUGAAGAAUUAGCUAGUAACUUGGAAUUACUUAGAAGCAUGUCAAAUUUCGCAGGUGUUUCACUCUGGGAUGCAUCUUUGGCAUGGCCUAAUGUUGAUACCGAAGGUGAUAACUUUGCUGUUCAAGUCAAAAAUGUAUUAAAUGGCGAACCACCAUCAUCUAGUUCAUCAACCGAAGAUUCAUCUUCUUCCGAAGCUUCAUCCACUGAAGAUUCAUCUUCUUCAGAAGCCUCAUCAACCGAAGAUUCAAGUUCGUCAGAAGCCUCAUCCACUGAAGAUUCAAGUUCGUCAGAAGCUUCAUCAACCGAAGAUUCAUCUUCUUCUGAAGCUUCAUCAACCGAAGAUUCAAGCUCAUCAGAAGCUUCAUCCACUGAAGAUUCAUCUUCUUCCGAAGUUUCAUCAACCGAAGAUUCAAGUUCAUCAGAAGCCUCAUCAACUGAAGAUUCAAGUUCAUCAGAAGCUUCAUCAACCGAAGAUCCAACUUCUACUGAGGAAUCAACAACCGAAGAUCCAACUUCUACCGGCGAAUCAACAUCUUCUGAAGAUCCAAGUUCUUCUUCCCAAUUAUCGUCUAACCAAGUGUCGACCACUGAAGAUCCUAUUUCUAGUGCGGAAACAACUUCGGCUGACCCAUCAUCAAACUCCUUAGCCGGUUUAGCUGGACCUACUUAUUAUGGAAACACUUCAACUACUGCCUUCCAAACUGUUGCUGGUGGAGCUGCUGCCUCUUCAAGCGGAGAAAGUUAUGUCACUAUUUCCGAUAUCCAAACUACUGUCAUUACGAUAACUUCUUGUUCCGAAAACAAAUGUCAUAUAACUCCAGUUACUACCGGAUAUGUCUACUACACUUCAAUCGAUACUGUAUAUACUACAUACUGUCCUUUGACAGCAAAUAAUGUAGUUGUCAAGGCUCAAUCUACCCAAGCUGCUCCAGGUUAUGUGGAGGCUCAAUCUUCAAGUGCUAAUCAACCACUCGGAACUGUUACUUAUGGCGGAGGAUCCCAACCAACCGGUGCACAAUCUCCAUCCAACAACAAUGAAGUCUCUCCAUCCAACAAUAACGGAGUCUCUUCAGGCAAUCCUCAAGAGUUAACCAGUAAUGGAGGUCUCGUUGCUGUUGCAUCCUUUGUUUCCAUUGGUUCUUAUUCAAGUGCCACUAAUUAUACCACUUCCACGCCAGUGCCUGUUUUUGAAGGUGCUGCUGUUCAAAAUGCGGGUUAUAUCGCUUGGUUGACCAUCCCAUUGUUGUUUUUGGCCGCUAUUUUUUAA